AUGUACUUGUUUCAAAAUCACUUCUUUACUGCGUCCAAAAGCCAAAUUUUAUUCAUACCCGCCCUGUUGGUUUCAAUUUUUAUCUCCUUCUCAAAAACUGCUCUGUCUCCUUACGGUUUACAGAGAGCCUUCACUCACUCACACUGCACUCCUACCUGGGCCACCAUCGAUCUUCCGGGUCACAGUCCAGCCAACCUUCGCACUUGCAACUCAGAUUACAGAGCCCUAACUUGCUCACCUGCUCUGUCUUGUGGCCGCUGCGGCCCCGAUGAUCUUCCGGGUCGCACUCUAGCCAACCUCCGACCUCGCAACUCAGGUGACCAUCACCCUCGUGGUUCGCGUUCACAGAUUAUGGCGUGCGUCUAUAAUCACGAUGCGGACAUCAACUGACUGAACGCGACGUGACACAUUAC